AUGGGAGCUGUGAGGAAGAUCAAAACAAAGCGCAGAACAAGGGACUACGAUCAGGUCCGAGCGGACAUUGAUUCUCCCAAGCACCUUACGCAGUACAAAGCCACCAAGGACGCGGAGGAUCUUCCAGGUCUAGGAAAGCAUUAUUGCGUCGAAUGUUCGAAAUGGUUUGAGAGCGAAUACAACCUGGUCGCCCAUACCAAGGGCAAAAACCACAAAAGAAGAUUGCGGAUGCUGCGCGAGGAACCUCAUUCACAAAAAAUCGCAGAGGCUGCUGUCGGUCUGGGUACCGACAAUGGGUUGCGACAGCAGGAAACGGUCGUUGACAUGGAGGACUAG